UGUUUUCUUUAACAUAACCUAAAAAGGAAAACACUCAAACAUGAAAAAAUUUAAAUUUUAAAUGAUGAAUUUUCGAAUAAGUCUUCUCAAUAAAUAUCCAAUCUAUCAGUAUUUACAAAAUGGUGUUUGCAAUCAAUGUAGGCGACAAUAUAACACAAGAACGUUCACAAACAUACUGGCAAACCAGCCCAGAAAAUACAGUUUUACUAAAGAAGUGCCCCUAAUAGCAUACAAAUACUGCUCUUACAAUAAUUUCAAUAUUACAGAAGUCGAGGAGGUUACAGGGCUUUAUCCUUAUUCAGAAGCUCCAUCUCUGUCCCAAGUAGACUCUGCAAGAAGCAUUUUGUUUGAAACAAAGACAGAUCCCCUAAUAGGUGAAAUUUCCAAAUGCGUCUCCAUUGAAGACAUUUUUACCUUCCUGAGAGAACAUAGUGAUAAGUUACAAUAUUACCAUCUAACCCAAAUAGUGUUGGUACUGUAUGAUCUGCAAAAUAUAUUUGUUUCCCAUUGCAGCGAAGACACAGAUACUGAUCUUAAGGAAAGUUUUUUUAAAAACCUUAUGCAGCACCAAGAGUUUUACAUGCUUACAAAUGAAAUUGAAAAAUCUCUGGACACUUUUAAUCCAUUAUUUUUAAGCUAUAUGUUGUUUUAUUUAAACAGAUUAGGUUUUUCUGUUGAGAGCAUGCUUAUUCAGAAGAUGGCUUUUAAAUUGAAAAAUCAGCUGAUGGAGAAUUUUUCAUUAGAUAACGUGACCAGGUUGAUACGAGUUGUGUUUUUAGAGAAUAGUGUUCGGCCCUACUACAUUGUUAUGGAUUUAAUCCCUAAAAUAUUUGACCAGAUUGAACAAUUGAAUACAGCAAAAGAUUUAGAGCAUCUAACAUCAUGUCUUUAUAGGCUACACAAUAUUUUAACGGAUGACAUAUUAAAACAGUAUGAUCUUAAAAUAAAACAGUUAAUACAGGAGAAAAUCUUAACUGAAAAAGACUAUCAACUAAUAUUAAAGACAUUGUUAGUGUUCAAUACAUCUAAAUGGAGGCAUAAAUAUUGUUCAACUCUAUCGAGUUCUAUUUCAUUUAUAAAAAAUUCAAUGGAGUUAUUGAAUUUCACCCAAAUGUACCAUGUCUAUGAUAUAUUUUUUAAAAUCCAAGAGCCUGGAGAUGCACUGAACUACAUUCAGAGGGCGGCAGCUAAGCUCCUUAAUGAGCUAGAAGAUACUGAGUCAAACUAUAAAGAUAAAAUGAAACUAUUUUCUUUAAUCAUUUAUUUCUCUUCGCCCAUAAAUAAACAACAUUUUCGUGAAGACAUCGAUAAGUAUUCUAACAAAAACGAAAAUUUAAGCACAUUGAUUACAAGAAGAAAGAUUCUUUCAUAUUUGAAAAUAUCUGAUCCGAAAAUUUGUGAUGCUUACUGGAACAAGGUCUGCCAAGUAUUAGGAAAAGAACAUGAAUUUGAUAAAAUUAUUAGAUUGAUGGAUAACUACAUGUAUUUCUGUAUAGAUAUACCAGGGUUUAGGCAUUACGCUUUCGAACACCACAUAUUAAAACUAAUAAGAGACCAGCAUGAAUCUGGUUUGCUAACAAUGUAUCCGUACAGAUUUUUUACUGCCUUACCACUUGCCUUGAUAGGCGCUCAGGAGAGUCGCUUUUUAGAAAGUCUAUUGGACAGUUUCCAACAGUUAAAAACGCAAAUGACAAUCAUUGAUAUUCUUAAAAUAUCCCAGAGCAUACAAAUCUCAGGACAGCGUAAAUCGAUUCUUACCACGGCCAUGUUACAAGAACUGAAAUCUAUUUUGCACAAGCAAUCUGAAAUCACCUUUUCGAGAACUAAUACCUCCGAGCCAUUUUCUACAGGGAUAUUAGCCAAAUCUUGUAUUAUACGAAACGACUGCGAUAACGAGUUGUUCGAUGAUAUGGUCAUAAGUUUCAAACAUACCAAAUAUAUGUCUUCAAAAUGUAUGGAGUAUAUGUGUUAUAUCAUGUAUACAACAGCCUCUUUAGUUCCGGAAGUUGUUAACUUAUGUAUAGAGUAUUUGGUACAUAACAAACGAAGCAUUGUGGGAUUUAAUGCAUAUAAACUGCUACUGUUAUGCUUUGAACUAAAUUAUCUUCCUGUACUUGAAGACGUUUUUUUUAAAUCUGUGAUAGAUAUUAUGCUAAGGGAUCAAGAGAGAAUGAGCUGUCUAGCUUUGCUUCAAUCCGCCUUAUCUUUAUGUUAUUUCCACAAAAUUCCUAAAUCUUUAAUUAAACAAAUUUUCAACGUUGAAUUCUUAGACAGGGUGGAUGUGGAGUUGAAGCAUUGCUACUAUAGGGACAGAUAUCCCCACAGAGUUAGACGUCAUCUGAUGCAGUUGAAUAGGGCGGUGUGUCUUGAAUAUCCCGAAUAUAAUGUCCCAUGGUUUCAUCAAAAAUAUAUUGAGGAUUACCAAAAAAUCAAUGCAAGAGAUGAUUUAGUGACACCAUUGAACAAAAGUGUAAAAUCUUAUCUGCGAGGAAUAUUAGGAAAACAUACGGUUUUGGAGAAUGUAACCGUGCCAUACGGAUACGAGGUUGAUUUUGUCGUUCAUUUGGACCAAAACCAAAAUCCUACAGAUCAAUUUGAUCACCCAUCUACAACGAAGGUUGCAAUUCUUUUGAAGUCAGAUACGGCUUUUACGAGACUGUUCGUCAAGUUAAAGGGUAAACAUGCUUUGAAGAACAGACACUUAGAAAUGUUAGGAUAUAAAGUGAAAAUAAUCAAAAGGAGUGAAUGGAUGAAUUUGCUGUACGCCAAAGAAAGAUUCGAUUUUGUUACGGAUUUGGUGUUUUCAUGACACAAACUGAAAUUAACUGUAUUAGUAAAUUAAUAAAUAUAAUUUUUUUAAUUGUA